AUGCGAUUUACACACGCCACACAAAUCCUCCUGGGUCUCUCCCAGCUAUGUGUCGCGGCUCCUGCCAGCGGCAGAUACUUUGAGGAAAUCCUAUGCCGCGUUGAUACAGACUGCCGGUACAAGAUGGUCUGCAACAUCAUCUGGCCUGCAAUCGGCAUGGGUACAUGCAUGACCAAGAGGGAGAAACAGGGCUUCGAGGACAUCAAGCGCCUCAUCCAGGCCGGCAUGCCAGCACUGAGUCCAGUCCCCGUUGCCGCCCCUCAUCCAUGGGGGUAUGCUGCUCCCCAGCAGGCCGCUGCUCCCGUGGGUCCAGCUCCUGCUGCUGCUGCCCCUGUUGUUGCCCCUGCUGCUGCUGCUGUUGUUGCCCCUGCUGCUGCUCCUGCUGCUGCUCCUGCUGUUGCUCCUGCUGUUGCUCCUGCGGCUGCUCCUGCGGCUGCUCCUCCUGUUGCUGCCGAGGACCUUGCCGCUGAUGUUCUAGAGAAGCAAAUGUCAAAAAAGUCCAAGAAGGGCAGAAAAAAGAAGGGCAAGGGCAAGGGCAAGGGCAAGGGCAAGGGCAAGGGCAAGGGCAAGGGCAAGAGCAAGGUUUCAGAGAAAGAGAUUGAGAAAGAGGAAGAGAAGGUGAAGGGCGGGGAAGGGAAGAGGAAGGAAGAGGAAGAGGAAGAGAAGGGUGAGGAAGUGGAAGAGGUAUUAAACGAAGCGGAAGAGAAGGAAGCGGAAGAAAAAGAAGUGGAAGAAAAGGAAGUGGAAGAAAAGGCGAAGGAAGAAAAGGUGAAGGAAGAAAAGGCGAGGGGAAAAGCAGCUGAAGAGCAGUUAAAGGAAGAGCUCGAGAGGGAGAAGGAAGAGAAAUAUAUGUUGUUAGAAGAGGAUGAGCAGUUGGAUGAAGAGCAAGAGAAGAGGAAGAAGAAAAAAGACAUGGCCACGUAUGGGGGAGGGAAGGGAAAGGGUAAGAAGAAGAGGGGCAAGGGAAGGAGAAAGGGUAAGGGCAAAAAUUAG